GUCCCAACUCCCAAACGACUUUGAGACCUGAGGUUUUGCGGAACUGUACAUACCACUCCCUCAAAUCUCCUUCACGACCACACACAGAUUUCAGUGAAGAUGGGUGCACCAAAAGAACCGACGCUCCCCUUGCCUGGCAAGGAAAACAUUCUGAUUACCAGUGCUCUGCCUUAUGUCAAUAAUGUACCACAUCUAGGCAACAUCAUCGGCAGUGUUCUGUCCGCAGAUGUUUUUGCUCGGUUCUGCCGUGCGAGGGGUCUGCCGACAAUAUAUGUCUGCGGCUCCGAUGAGUAUGGCACCGCAACCGAGACAAAGGCCCUCUCGGAAGGGAUCGACCCGGCGACAUUGUGCGCAAAGUAUCACGCAAUCCACAAGGGCAUAUACGACUGGUUUAGGAUUGAGUUUGAUGUAUUUGGUCGCACGCCCACUCCCGAGCACACCGAGAUCGUGCAGUCUGUAUUCAAAAACCUGUGGAAGAACGGCUACAUCGAGCAGCGUGAGACGACACAGGCCUACUGCCCCAACCACUCAUCCUUCUUGGCAGACCGCUAUGUUGAGGGCGAGUGCAGCAUCUGUCACGACCUAGGCGCUCGCGGCGACCAGUGCGAUGCAUGUGGCAACCUCCUUGACCCCCUCGAGCCAGAUAGAGACGCGUCUGGGAACCAGGAGACCAAGGCGACCGGGUGGCUCAUAAACCCCCGCUGCAAGCUUGAUGGCGCCACCCCUGAAAGGCGUCAGACCAAGCACCUUUAUCUCCGCUUAGACGCCCUGCAGGAUGAGAUCAAGGAAUGGCUCGAAUCGGCUGAAAAGAAUUGGAGCGCGAACUGCGUCUCCAUCACGCACUCCUGGCUGGAUCAAGGCCUGAAGCCCCGCGGCAUCACUCGGGAUCUCAAGUGGGGUGUACCAAUCCCCACUCGGCUCGAUGGCCUGUCCGACGAAGAUUAUGCCAAGAAGGUGUUCUACGUCUGGUUCGAUGCCUGCAUCGGGUACCCUUCAAUUACCAAGACAUACACCGAUGCUGGUAACCUGGAAGGCAAGAAUUGGGAAAAAUGGUGGAAAAACCCGGAGAAUGUUUCCCUGUACCAGUUCAUGGGCAAGGACAAUGUUCCAUUCCAUACCAUCAUCUGGCCAGCCUCUCAGAUCGGCUCAAGAGAAAACUGGACCAAGGUUAAGCACCUCUCUACUACAGAGUACCUCAACUACGAGGGAGGCAAGUUCAGCAAGUCGAAGGGAGUCGGUGUGUUUGGCAACAACGCUCAGGACACGGGAAUCGACGCAGAUAUCUGGAGAUACUACCUGCUGUCUAGACGUCCCGAAACUAGCGACUCGGAAUUCAAAUGGGAGGAAUUCGUUGAUGCGAACAACAACGAUCUGCUCAAGAACCUGGGCAAUCUGUGCCAGCGCGUCAUCAAAUUCUGCCAGGCCAAAAUGGAAGGUGUGGUUCCGGAGUACGACCUCUCGGGCUUCCCAGCUCUUCAAGAAUCCAAGGAGGAGGUGAACAAGCUGCUCCAAGAGUAUAUCGCAAGCCUCAAGGCGCUGAAGCUGAGAUCAGGGCUGGCUACGGUUCUCAGUAUUUCGGCACUGGGUAAUAAGCUUCUGCAAGACAACAAGCUGAGCAAUCAGCUUCUGGCCGAGGACCCCGCUCGCUGCCGAGCCGUCAUCGGCUUCGGCCUCAAUCUCAUCCAUCUUCUGGCCAACGUCCUGUCACCAUACAUGCCAGAGAAGGCCCAAUCAAUACUCAGACAGCUUGGAUUCAAAGCGGCUAGCGAGGAGGAGCAGCGGGUUCCAGUGCACAUUCCCGAUAUUUGGGAGGCGAAUGCACUCAAGCCGGGCCAUGCCAUCGGCACGCCGGAGCUCCUAUUCUCAACGAUCCCAGCGGCCAAGGUGGAGGAGUGGCGGGAGGCUUUCGGUGGCGAGGAACUUCGCAAACAGAAGGAAUUAGAGGCGGAGAAGGCGGCCGCGAAGAAGGCGGCCAGGGAGAAAGAGAAGGAGAAGAAGCGGCUCAAGAAGGCCGCUCAGGCUACUCAGGCUUCAGAGCCGAACCCGGGGACUACUACAACACUCCCUGCCCGCCCUGCGCCGGAGCCUGAGGAGCCUGCUGCGAAAGCUUAAGAGGGAUAGAACAAUAGAUUUCUUCUCCACAACAAGCCAACCGGUUUCAAUGAUUUCUCUUAGUACCCUCUCGUUUUUGCUUGAGUGUACGGGAUAGAUCGGAACUUGGCUGCUUUACUGACGCAUUAAGGCGCGAGCGACCAUCGGGCAACUUGGGGGAAGCGUCAAACGGAGAGUAUUGACUCCCGACUUGUUCUACUAGUCACCGACUACAGUACCGCCUGGUUGAGUCACAGUUUCUGAAUUACAACGCCGUGUGGACACCGAUUGAAAAUGUUGGUUCACCG